AUGGAGGUUUUCAUGGAUGAUUUUUCGGUGUAUGGCAACUCCUUUGAUGAGUGUUUGAAGAAUCUCAACAAGAUGUUGAAGCGGUGUGUCGAGACAAAGCUUAUGUUGAAUUGGGAGAAGUGUCACUUCAUGGUGAUGGAAGGUAUUGUGCUAGGACACAAAAUUUCUAGGGAUGGUACAGAGGUAGAUCGUGCGAAGAUAGAUACCAUUAGUAGGUUACCUCCACCCACAAGUGUUAAGUCGAUCCGGAGUUUUCUAGGGCAUGCGGGCUUCUAUAGACGCUUCAUUAGGGAUUUCUCUAAAAUCACCCGCCCCAUGACCCGUUUGCUAGAGAAAGAUAUUCCAUUCGUCUUCGACGAGGAGUGUCUUAAAUCCUUCAACGUUUUGAAGGAGCAGCUUGUUAGUGCACCUAUUCUUAUCUCGCCCGACUGGAGCUUGCCGUUUGAGCUCAUGUGCGAUGCGAGUGACUAUGCCGUUGGAGCGGUAUUAGGACAAAGAAAGGACAAGCACUUCCACCCUAUAGACAAGAGAGGGGCUGAAAACGUAGCGGCCGAUCAUCUAUCGCGUCCAGAGGACCCCCAGAGAGAAGAGAUUCAUGAGGAGGAGAUAGGAGAUACGUUCCCUCACGAGUCUAUAAAGUUUGUUGAGGCCAAAAAGGAAGGAUUGCCUUGGUAUUGUGACAUAGUGAACUAUCUUUCUAGUGGCAAUACUGAUAGGGGAGAUAGGAUUUUAAGACGUUGUGUGUCGAGAGAAGAGGGUUGGAACAUCAUAAAACGUGUGCAUGAAGGCCUCACGGGAGGACAUCAUGGUGCAUACGCCACCGCUCAAAAGGUGUUUGAUUGCGGUUUUUAUUGGCCUAGCGUACUUCGAGAUACCGUUGAGUUCGUAAAGACAUGUGAUGCUUGUCAACGAACCGGCAAUAUUUCCGGCAAAGAUGAGAUGCCUCAAAACCCUAUCCAAGUGUUGGAGGUUUUUGACGUUUGGGGCAUCGAUUUCAUGGGACCCUUUCCCAACUCCAAAAGAAACCGUUACAUACUUGUGGCGAUUGACUACAUGUCUAAGUGGGUUGAGGCUCAAGCUCUUCCUACAAACGAAGCCCGAGUAGUCUUGAAAUUCCUUAAAAAGCUCUUUUCCCGUUUCGGUACCCCAAAAGCCUUAAUUAGUGACCGUGGUACUCACUUUUGCAAUGCAUUGAUGGAAAAAUUGCUUGCACGCUAUGGAGUCACUCAUCGUUUGUCUACCGCAUAUCUUCCACAGACGAGUGGUCAAGUGGAGAAUGCAAAUUGCGGUAUCAAACGAAUCUUAGAGAAAACAAUCGGUAAGAAUAGGAAGGAUUGA